AUGAUCGGGUUCCAGCUCUGUCUGGUGGAAGAUCGGACAACGAAACGACAUCUGCCCCGGAAUUACCUUCAAACCCUUGAAGAUCGGGUGGCUCUCCUUGAGAGUAUCCUGCAGCAGCUCCCCCAAGGUGUGGCCAGUGCUCCUCUCACUCCGUGUGAUUUUCAUGGCGCAGAAAAUGAAGUCGAUAAUUUUCCGGGACCACAUUUUAUCAACAAUGACUACGGCAACAAAUCGAGUAUACCUAGAGCUAAACAGCAGGAAGAUGAGGUGGGUGAUUUAGCAUCCAAGGUCGGGCUGCUGGCUCUGAAUGCGCCUGGAGCAGAAGCUCACUACCUUGGUUCAUCUUCUGCGUUUGCUUUCUCACGAUUAAUCAACACUUCCCUUCGACAAGUCGAUCGUAGGGACCACAUCAAUGCACUUAGCCGAAAUAAGGCCCCUGAGUCCAUUGUUUCUCCAUGCCCUUUACCAGAUUACGACACUGCCGUUAUGCUCAGCAACGCUUAUUUCCAUAAUGUUCACCCCCAGUAUCCAUUCUUGCAUGAAGCAACGUUUAGAGAUUGGGAGGCGAGCCUGAGAAGGCCAGAAGCGUUGGAAGCAAUAAACACAAGCUUUGUUCCUUUAUUCUUUCUCAACAUAGUGUAUGCCAUUGGGGCUUUGCUUUUACCCCAUUCUGGAUACUCGGCCGAGCGAUUCUACGUCUCGGCGGAACUCCAUAUCGGCCAUGUGCUAGCGCUUGAUAAUCUAGAAGCUAUACAAGCCGUGCUAUGCUGCGCAAUGUACUCUAUCCGGUCUCCGAUUGGUCCUUCAGUUUGGAAGCUCUCAGGGCUGGCACUGCGCCAUUGCAUUGAGCUGGGCUACCAUCGCAGCGCCAACCGUUUCAGAUCGAGUACGAGCCCUCUUCAACUAGAGCUACGGAAGAGGGUAUUUUGGUGUGCUUAUGGACUGGACUGUUCCUCUGCUAUCACUCUGGGUCGGCCACUUGGUAUUGCCUACGAAGAUGUUGAUGUCGAGUACCCGAUGGAUAUCGAUGAUUUUCAUCUUACAAAUACCUCAAUCUAUGAAACGCCCCAGACAUCUUCUCCUGAACCGACAACGAAUAUGUCCCGUGCCAUUCACACAUUCCGUCUUCGUCGUAUCUGGGCACGCAUUCAUACUGCGCUCUACUCAGAUUCUAGGCUACAUAGCCCGGCCAAUUCUACAUACCAUGACCCUAUCCACGACCUACGGGUUCAGCUUGACAAUUGGCUGGCUUCAACACCUCGCAUAACGUCCCACGUUGGACCGUCGCUGUCUGUAUUUUCAAGCACAGAUUGGUUUGAUCUGACUUAUAAUCAUUCCAUCCUGCUUCUCUACCGUGGCCUAUUGACAGACAGCACUCGACGAUGCGCAGACAAAUACUUUAUUGAAUGCAUGCAAGCUGCAGAGAAAGUUUGCCAGGGCUACCGUCGGCAAUACAUGGGAACAUCAACGAGCUUUACCUGGGGUUCUCUUCACUUGCUUGUCCUUGCUGGAUUAACAUACCUUCACUGCAUCUGGACAUCGGCCAGAGCUCGGGAGACGGUUCGACAGGACAAAGUUAGCAGUACUUGUACGGACUGCACAAUCGUUCUGGUGUUAAUGGCAGAACGAUGGGAGGCCGCGGGCCCAUACCGGGAUAUCUUUCAGGUGCUGGCCAGUCGUACCAUGACGAUGAUGGUGGACAAGAUUUCUACAAAGGUGACUUUGCCGUGUGAUCCAGCGCAGUUAAUUGACCCUGUUCCAGGGGAUUUGGCGCAGUGGAUGGCAGAAAUCACAGAUUUGGGUAUGGAGGGCGGGAUUGAUCCUUUGUUGACUGGUUUUAUAAGUAGCUUACCACCUCCGGAGCAGGAGGGCAACUUGGGACCAUCACGGGAGGAUCUUCUCACUCCUUAUUUUUCAUAG